UCUACGUAAAGGUUUAUGAGAUGGCCGCUUGUUGUCAUUUAUAACCAAUGGUAUCCCAGGAACCAAGAGACAGAAGAGUGGAUCUACUUGUGACAUUAAGCACUAACUGAACCAAACAGAUGUUGAGAAGCAUUCUCAACACAUUAGGAGCAACAACCGCUCAUAAAUGGGAAUUCUAUCAUCUAUGUAACUUUUCUCAAAUCCUGUACCAUGCCGAUUUCAAUCAUGGCCUCAAGUGGCAUCAUGUCCCUUUACUGGGAAGUCUUUCCCCCCAUGCCCACUUGUCGAGUUUACUGUACUCCUGUCUACCAAGAUGGUCACCUGUUUGUUAUUGGGGGUUGUAGCAAAUCUGGACUCCCCAUGGACACCAUGGAAAUGCUUGAUGUGGCCUCCCAAACAUGGACAGUGCUACCCCCUCUGCCCACUGCUCGGGCUGGAGCUGCUGCAGUAUCUCUUGGUAAACAGGUGCUGGUGAUUGGCGGUAUGGACUCUGAGCAGUGCCCACUGGCAUCACUGGAGAUAUAUAACAUGGAUGAGGGCAAAUGGGAGAAAAAAGCACCUUUGUGCCAACCAUCAAUGGGCAUCAGCGCCACUGAGAAAGAAGGGAAGAUCUAUGCACUGGGGGGAAUGGGCGCAGACACAUCCCCUCAGGCCUUUGUCAGGGUUUAUGAACUGGGAAGGGAUAAUUGGCAACAGCUGCCAUCCAUGCCAACGCCGCGCUAUGGAGCAUCUGUUUUUCUGCGUGGAUACAAAAUCUAUGUCUUAGGGGGGCGUCAGGGUAAACUUCCCGUAACAGCUUUUGAAGCUUUGGACCUAGAAAUGAAAAGUUGGACACGAUAUCCCAGCAUCCCAAGCCGGCGUGCCUUUGCUAGCUGUGCCAUGACUGACAAUUCCUUCUUUAGCCUCGGGGGCUUGCAGCAGCCGGGACCGCACAACUUUUACUCCCGGCCUCAUUUUGUCAAUACUGUUGAAAUUUUUGACUCUGAAGGGGGAAAUUGGAGCAAACCAGGCCGUUCUACACGGAUGCGAGAAAAGAGAGCAGACUUUGUGUCAGGAUAUUUAGGUGGUCGUGUCGUUGCUGCAGGAGGACUUGGAAACCAGUCUUCUCCCUUAAGUUCAGUGGAAGGAUUCAACCCAGUGAAGAAACGAUGGGAGUGUUUACCGUCUAUGCCAACGGGCAGGUGUUCAUGUUCAUAUAUUCAGUCGCACAACAUGCUGUUUGUGAUUGGAGGAGUAGCACAUGGGCCCAGCAGUGCGGUGGAAGCUCUGUGUGUCCUGGAGGAUGUUUGAGGGGGAUUAGACUCACUAUGGA